GUUUGAAAGUGGAGUUGUUCCAGGAUGCGACGCGUAAGAAACCUCUCACUUUUGUAUAACGACGGACCGAUGGGACGGUUUGCGGAUCAGGAGAAUCCCGUCGAAAAUCGAAAUAAAAAAGAAACGGUACACUUUCAAUCUGGUAGUUAUGAUGAUGAUAUGUCAAAUUCGCCGUCUUCAUCAUGUUCGACUGUUGGGGAUAUGCCGAAUAUCAAACCAUCUGCGAGCAAAGGAUCAUUCCUCUCAGAGCUGAAACCAUUUUCAAAACGAGCUUCACAAUUGAUUGUGGAUGUACCUGUUGCUCAUUUAAGGAAGAUCAAAAAUACAGAAGGAGUCUCAUCGAUUACUCGAGAAUCUGAACAUUUUUCAAACACAACAACACUACAUGGUCCUAAACGGAUAUACAAUGGUAAAGGAUGGUCAUGUGUGUUUUGGGUGUUUAUAUGGAUAUCUUCAAUGAUUAUGUUGCUGACACAAGUCACUUCUCUUAUUAGUAUGUACAUUUCUAAACCUACAGUAUCUCAAGUAUCAUUUCUGCUCAGUGAAGGAGGAAUGCAGUUUCCGCGUGUCACCGUAUGCAGUUUCAACCCGAUAAAACGAACUACUGUCGAAGCACUCAACAGUACAAAAGAUCUAUCCGAUGAUUUAUUGGACUAUUUAAUGAUGUUUAAUAGUGAUGCAAUGACUUUAUAUGGAAGAGCUGAUGCUGCAUCAUUACAUUCUGGUGAUAAUGUUUUUAAGCAUUAUGUCUCAUCUCAUCCUAACUUCACUGCUGACAAUUUCUUCAUGGAUGCAGGCUUCUCCUGUGGAGAUAUGUUCAAAAUGUGCUCCUUCGGUGGUCGUCGCUUUGAUUGUUGUAAAUACGCUACUCCAAUAUUUUCUGACCUUGGAAAAUGCUUCACUUUAAACUUACAAGGAAGCGAUAAAUCGUGGAUGAAAAUGCAAACAGAACCAGGAAUCGCUGCAGGCCUGCAAAUAAUUCUAGAUUCUCACCUAGAAGAACAAUUCGACUCUGAAACUGAUGGAGUGACACCAGUAUUUUCUAGUGCAUUUGAAAAUGGAUUCAGGUUCUAUAUACAUUCGUCAGAAGAGAUACCAUUUCUAGCAUCAGAGGGAAUUGCUGUUUCACCGGAUAGUGUUGUAUACUCGGCACUAUCAAGUUCGAAAUAUAUCCUUUUGUCAUCAAAUGCGUGGGGAAAUUGCUCGGAUAGUUGGCCACGUGGAUAUGACUACAGUUUUCCGUACACUUCUGCAAUGUGCUCGACGAUGUGCAAGGCUCAAUACUUUCAAAAUUUGUGUGGAUGUUCCCCUUCUAUAUACAAUCAUUUGAAUAGAUUCAACGACUGUACUCCCUACGAGACAUUCAUCUGCAUGGACACCAAGAUGAAGAAAGUAGUGAAUCAGAGCUUUAACAUUGAGAUGCCAACUUGUGAAGAAUGUAAAGUUGAGUGUAAAAGUCAAGUGUAUCAUUCAUUUAAUUCAUAUGGAAAAGGAUUGUCUAGAGGUGCACUGAUGUGGUUGACGAAGCAAGGAAAGCAAGAGACUUGGACGAUUCCGCAUAUGAAAUUAAACUUCCAAGUUGUGAACGUCUUCUUCCGUGACAUGUCCUACACAGAAUACAUUCAAAAGCGUGGAAUGUCACUCACCGAACUGCUCUCCGAUAUCGGUGGUAAUAUGGGAAUGUUCAUGGGAAUGUCCGUGUUUACUAUUAUCGAACUCUUCCUAUUUUUAUCAAAGAUCGGAUGGAUCGGAUUUUCGAGAAAGCGAAGAGAUUAUAUGUAUUCGAAGAAGAAAAAUGAGGAAAUGCAUGAGAAAGAGCUGGAAGAUGUUGUCACUGGAUUCAAGUUGUUUAGGCAUCGAAAAUCUGGAAAAGAUAUGAGUCAUUUGAGAGAAAAGAUUAAAGGAUUAUCAAUGCACAGAGUAACAUCGGAACAGUUGAACGUUUGUAAACUCGCAUGGGAAAACGAGCCAGACAUCGAGCGGAGACUAGCAUCAGUUACAAGACAAAACUCUGCGCUCAAGGAGCACAAAGACUACAAACAGCCAACAAUUUUGCCGUUUGAUCUGAAAGAUAUCAAGGAUCAAAUAACACGUGGAAGGGCUGCAUCAAUGUUUCGAAGUCGGCGGAGUAGAUCAGAAACAGCGCCAGCUGUGAUACAUGAAGCAUAAGUAGAGAGAUGAGAAUUAAAUAUACAUAUGUGUAUGUAGAUACCGGUAUCUGUUUUCUAAUGAAAACGUUUUUAAUGUGUUGUAUGUUUUUUUGGGUUUGUGGCAAACACUCUCUUAAUACCUGUUCUUAUGCUACUAAGAUUUUCAGGUUUCCAUUUUAUACUUCACAUCGUAUCUCUAACGUAGAAAAGUCUUCCGUACAUAGAAGUACGGAAUACC